AUGGCGCCUGCGGGCCCGCGGCUGGUGCUGCGUGAGGAGAAGAUCCGGGAGAAGAGCGGCCUGGCGCCUCACCAGGAUCUGGCUGAACUUCAGUCAUUAUCUCUUCCUGGAACUUACCAAGAAAAGAUUACUCACCUGGGAACUUCUUUGAUGAAUUUAACCGGUCUAAAAUCUUUAGACCUCUCACGCAACUCCUUGGUGAGUCUAGAGGGCAUUCAGUACCUGACCGCACUGGAAAGUCUCAAUCUCUACUACAACAGCAUCUCCUCCUUAGCAGAAGUGCUUCGGCUCCACUGCUUGACGGAACUCACGGAUGUGGACUUCCGGCUGAACCCUGUGGUGAAGAAUGAAUCUGAUUACCGCCUUUUUGUUGUGCACAUGCUCCCGAAGCUCAGGCAGCUGGAUGACCGUCCUGUGAGAGAGAGCGAGCGGAAAGCAUCCCGGCUGCAUUUUACAUCAGAGGAAUCACUCGCCUCAAAGCAGAGCUUCCCAGCUGUUUUCAGAGUCGGAAGACCAUGCCACUCUAGGGCCCCGUGCACUGACCCCUCGGCCAAGAAGUGCUUGGUCAUGGAUGCAGAUGACGAGGCGGUCCUGAACCUCAUUGCUGAGUGCGAGUGGGACUUGAGCAACCCUCCUGGGAGCGCAAGUUCCAGCCAGAGGGAGCGAGAGGCCGACCUCCACAGUUCCCAAGAAUCCAGACAUCUGCUGAGUCCUCAGUCAGUGCAGCACCAGUGUGGGGAUUCCAUAAGGAAGGGCCAUGAGAAGAGGAAGGGCAGCUCUCGAGGGUGCGGUCCAGAAAAGAGGCUUCAGAACCAGUACUGUGGGGAGCUACCCCCACAGUGUGGACAGCACGUGCACUUUACCCCACACCCAGAUUCCACAGAUAUUGAGGACUCGGCCCUUUCUCAGAAGUCAAGUUUGUCAGCACAAAAGGUGUUAAAUCCAUUGCCUGCUCCUGAAAAGUACAGGAAGCGAAGAAUGCCUGGCGGGAGAUUCCAGGCACCUGCAGACCAGGAGUGUCUGAGACACCUGGAGAGGCCCAACGUAUCCUUGAGCCCCGAGGAGACUCUGAGCAGGCAGAGUGGCUCGGAGGGCAGGAGCGAAAGGACCUUGUCUCGCUCUGAGGUAUCGGAGCCUGAGGAGGAGGGGCCCCACAGCAGGAGUGGCACCGGAGAGGUAGCUCCCACGCUGUAUGCGGCUGUGUCGCCUGUGAGGAAGGCUGCGCUGCAGGUGGCGCUUCUGGAGGCGCUCCUCGACCUGGUGGACCGGUACUGGAGCGGCUGCAAGUCCCUGCACGGCAACGAGGUGUUCCGGGCUCAGGCAAGACAUAUUUUGUCCUCUGUGCAAGAAUUUACAGCACCUCAGGAUAGUUCAACAAGUGUGAGUGAAGAAAUUAGCUACCUUACUCUGGAAAAUAAAUCUCUACAGAAGCACCUUGCUGAACAGCAGCAGCAGUACCGUGUGAAGAUGAGUGAGGCAGUGUCGGAACUCAGCGAUGCGCGGAAGGAGAUGGAUGACUUGAGGCAACAUUUAGACAAAUCUUUGGAGGAGAAUAGUAGCUUAAAGGCUCUUUUGUUCAGCAUGAAAAAAGAAGCAAACAAUGCAGACACUGCAGCUACGUUAAAUGUGCAGAUCACUGGACUUCAAACCAGUGUGAAGAGGCUCUCUGGUGAGAUUGUGGAAUUAAAGCAGCAUCUGGAGCACUAUGACAAGAUCCAGGAGCUCACCCAGAUGCUGCAGGAGAGCCACAGCUCCCUGGUCAGCACCAACGAGCAUCUCCUGCAGGAGCUGAGCCAGGUGCGGGUGCAGCACAAGGCCGAGGUGGAGCAGCUACACUGGAGCUAUAAGGAGCUCAAGAAGGCGCUGGCCCUGUUCCCGCACAGCAGUACCAGCCUCGGCGGCUGCUAGU